GAAAUAAAGCCAGAUGAAGUUACCAGACUUGCUCUUAGGACAGAAGUUAGUUUUGAAAGUGUCUGCAGAAAGCCAAAUUGUACUGCAACUGAGCGAGCCAUUGCAAGACUUGCAACACACUCCAUCUUGAAACCCAGAUUUGUUGAACUUAAAGCUGCUGUAAAAGCUUUUAAGGAUGCAAGAAAGAACCCAGCCAAAGCCACUCCUCUGAAGAAGACUAAGUCAGAAGAACACCCUAAAUCAGCGCAACAUUUCAGUAACAAUUUGGAUGACCAAGCUCUUAAACUAGCUCAAAAACAGCAAGGAUGCAAACACAGAACAAAAAUUAGUGUGAAAACGGAAACUGACAGGGUGGCUGAAGAGCUUUGUGAGAGUGGAUCUGAGCAGAAAACUGUGGAAAUGGAGACAGCAAAUGCUUCAGAAGAAUCUUCAUUUCAGGCAAUAGAAAUGCAAGCAGUCACUCAGAAUAAAACAGGAAAGAAACUUGGUUAUCAAAAGAGGAAAGAAAAUAUAAGCAUGAACAAACUAAAUGCAAUAGGAGAAAUACUUAAUGAAGAUAGUGACGAGGAGUAUCCUAAUGAAGAGGAGUACUUUGACGAUAGUACUGAAGAGAGGUUUUAUAACCAGUCAUCAGAUUCUGACAGUGACAGCAGUGAUGACUUCUUCAUUGGCAAAGUAAAAAGAAAGAAAAAGAUAGCAGCAGUUACUGAUGUUUCUUCAGCAAAAGAAAAGGAUAGACUUCAGAAAAACAUAGUGAAGAAAGAAAAGAACUUUGUGCCUGGGACAGCACAGGAUUUGAUCCUGGAAGUAAGAAAGCCAGAUGCAAAAGCAAGCAAGCUAGAAUCAAUGUUCUGCAGUUCUUUGUCUACCUCUAAUCAGAAAUCCCAAAACAGAAGAAGAAAUACCCAAGACCAGCCUCUCAAAAGUGGAAGAGCAGCUUUUAGAAAGGAACAACAGCUCAAGAAGCAACCAUUUGCAAAAGCUGCAGGUUUUAAAUACAACAAUAAGAAAGCAUGUUUGGAGCAGCCUCUUCAUCCAUCAUGGGAAGCCAGCAAGAGACGCCGGGAACAAAUGUCUCAGAUUACAGCAUUCCAAGGGAAAAAGAUUAAAUUUGAUGACUAG